AGCGACCUUGGCACACAUGGUUGAAUGAAAUAAGCUGUGUCAGCGUAUACCGGUACCAAGUAAACAUGGGCAAAGUCACCAGCACUUUUGACGGUAAAGUGACCUUUGGCUCCUCAUGUGAUUUUAAUACACACCAUAGCACCGACCCGACUCUUAAAGUCAAUAGUGUUAACCUAGAUUGGUUUACAACUUGAGGUUCCGUUGAAUAGCAUCAACGUUUUGGGAGUAUUGCUCGGAGUGGUAUGAAUGGGCAGUUUAGUGAUACAUUUUGAAGUAAAGUGACACAUUUUGUAGUACAGUGACAUCGGUUGAAGAUGGGGACGAUUCAGCGCGACCAGUUGUCCGUGGAUAGUCGGGCAAGCAGCGACUCAUCAAGGGUCGAGCUCAAGCGUACGAUCUCGCUCUUUAGCGGCGUGGCCAUCAACAUCGGCAUCAUCAUUGGAUCGGGAAUCUUCGUCUCACCCAAGGGAGUACUGCGAGGUGCUGGCUCCGUGGGGCUCACGCUGGUCCUGUGGGUCGUCUGCGGAGUGUUCUCGCUCCUCGGUGCGCUGUGCUACGCCGAGCUCGGCACGACCUGGCCCUCGUCUGGAGGUGCCUAUGCAUACCUUAAAGCGAUCUACGGGGAUCUGGUGGCCUUUCUCCUGAUGUGGAUCUCAAUCCUAAUGGCUCAGCCGUCGGCUUUCGCCGUGGUAGCGCUGACGUUCGGUAACUACUGCCUACAGCCGCUCUACCCCGAUCCAUCCUGUCCACCGCCUCAGAUCGCGCCUCAACUAUUGGGAACUCUCAUUAUAUUAUUGCUGGGAAUCACCAAUGUAUUGAGUACUCGGCUCUCCAUCUUCGUUCAAAACUUUUUUGUGGUCUGCAAAGUGGUGGCACUGCUUAUCAUCAUAGUCGCUGGUAUCGUACAGUUAUUCCAAGGCGAAACCCAGAAUUUUGAGAAUGCCUUCGAAGGAUCGACGUUCUCCGGGCUUGGGAAUGCUCUGUACUCUGGCCUAUUCUCUUACGCUGGUUGGUACAGUCUGAAUAUCGUGGCGGAAGAGUUGAAAGAUCCCAACAAGAAUCUUCCACGGGCAAUCUUCAUCACAGUGUUUUCCGUGACCAUCAUCUACACGCUAGCCAACGUGGCUUACUUCACAGCAAUGACACCGCGGGAAAUGUUGGCUUCAAAUGCAGUGGCGGUGACUUUUGGCAGCAAGGUGCUUGGUGGGUUUGCCCUGAUCAUGCCGAUCGCUGUAGCCCUGUCCACCUUCGGCUCUGUCAACGGUAACAUGCUCACCUGCUCCAGGAUCUUUUACGUUGGAGCGAGAGAACAUCACCUGCCUUCGCUGUUGUCGAUGAUUCACAUCAAACUCUUGACUCCUCUUCCGUCUGUCAUCAUAACGACCAUCUUGGCUGUUAUUUACACCUUUUCCAACGACAUCUACACUCUGAUCAAUUACUUCAAUUUCGUCACGUGGACGUCGAGUGGGGCGGCUGUGGCUGGUAUGAUCUGGGUCCGUUACAAAGAGCCCGAUAAGCCACGCCCCUUCAAGGUCAACAUUAUCAUCGCCAUCUUGUUCGUGUUGGCAUCCAUCUUCCUCGUCGUCAUAGGGACCAUUGAUUCCCCGAUAGACACCGCUAUUGGAGUCGGUAUCACACUGACAGGGAUACCAGUCUAUUUCCUGCUGGUCUACCCAAAACGCUUACCAAGAUGGCUCACUAAAAUAGAAGGUGCUGUAACAAGCCGGCUCCAGAUGCUCAUGAUGGUUGUCAAGGAAGAGAAAGAACACUAGAUGACCAAAAUCUAUGCAUUGAUUUUGCUUCUAUACAAGUCUAUAUUUUAAAUAACAUCGUCAGUGAGUUUGUGGAGUCUUGCAAGACUUUUGCGUUUGGGCUGGACAGAGCCAAGCGUUGCACAAGUGGGCAUUGUGUUAAGACUAGCAGACACAAUGCAAACGUAAUUUCAGUUUCAAAAUCCCCUUUGAUGAAGGCUUUAAAUAUCCUCUUGGUAUGGUGGCCGCCGUAAUAGUACAUGUACAUCGUACAUACUUAAUGUGGAUGUUAAAUUUGUUCUGAUUCUCAAAUACAACGCACAAAAUAUCAAUUGAUAGUGCCUAAUAGCGUAAUGUAUAGCUGUGGUCAAAGUAGUUUCGCAUUUGUGCUCUUUCGAUGUAUGCUAAUAAAAUAAUGUAGCGUUUUCUUAACUUUAUUUCACUAGUUGCUUGUGACUUGCAGAGUUGUAAAUCAAUAUAAUAAGUGCAGAAGUAAAUGGCAUGAGCAAUGGUAUCGGAAUGUAUUGUCGCAGUUCCAUUGAAUGACUUGUAACUCGACUUUAGACCGAAUGAUUUCGGAUUGACUUGUUCUUUUAAUUGGGUUUAAUUGCUACGGUUCUUUACAGUAGUAUAUAGUUGAAAAUGACAUACCACGAUUUUGGUGUAA